UCUCAACUCCCCCAUGUAGGCAGUAGCGUUACCAUUCGUGAUGAAAUGGACGUCUGAAGAAAUUUGGUAUCGCAGUGAAUUUUGUUUAUAUCUCCGAUAAUCUACGUUAAAAACUUUUGUAAUCACUUUUAAAAGCGUCCUUUUGCAACAAAGAUGUAGUAUCAUUAAAAGUUAAGAGUGGAAAACGUUAGUUUAAUGUAUAAUACGCGUUUGACUCAAUGACUGAAUUCAGGCAAAAGAAAAUUGAUUGUGCUGGGCGAACUUAAGUUAGAAUAUCGAGUUUUUUGUUGUUAUAUUAAGUUUAUAUUGUGUGGUAAUAUAAUUAAUAUUGUUUUAUUCUACGUUAUAAGUGUAAAAUAGUGGUUUAUUUAAGUGUUCGUUGUUUAUAAAUGGGAUUUCAUGAUAUAGCUCUACCAACCGAAACUGAAUAAAGAAGAAAUAAUCAAUUAAUUAUGGCGUUGUGUGAGAGUCAGCUGGACUCUGCACUACCUCAGCUGAAGAGAGAAGAGUCGCCGAACAGUGAAGGCAGUCAGAAACAGACCCCCGACAAGAAGCCCAAAAUGGAUCAUAACGGAGAAUUAUAUGGGUUAAAUCAAGUGCCUAGUGGGUUGCCACUGACCGUUGACUACCGAUCGCCAGUCUCUCACUUCGUACCACCAGAGCUGUACGCGCCGAGGGCUAAACAAGAACCCAUAAGCAGCGCGAGUUCAUACACUCCUGAAUCGAGUGAGCCUCCGACCCCUGUCAAAAGAAAGCGUGGUCGCCCAAGAGUUGACAAGACCAGCCCUGAAUAUCUGGCCAAUCUCGCAGCUCGGAAACAAGCCAAAGAAAUGGCGGCAAUGAUGAAUAGUCGGACCCCGGAAAGUGGGGAAAAACGUAAGCGUGGACGUCCACGCGUGGACAAAACAAGCCCAGAAUACCUAGCUAGAAAAAGAGCUAGGGAGUUAGAUGGAACCACAUCACCCGAAGAAGCUUUGGAGAGGAAAGCCAAACGGGAAUAUAAACGCCGAGCUACAGGAGCUAAAGUUUCGAAAACAUCACUACCGCUUGCAUCGCGCAUCAAAAAACGUACGGUACCGGCGAAUAAAAAAAAGAAUAAUGUUGCCAUGAGAAAAAUCCCAGCGAAAACUGGCAACACUGUACGCAAGGUUGGGGAUAAAAAGGUUUUAGUGAGACGUUCGAAUAAAUUUUUAAAGAGGAAAGAUUCAGCGGCUUCGUCAUCUGCUGGAGAGACGACGCCUCGUACUAAAAGAAAAUACACGAAGAGGAAUCCGAGUGCUAAGAAAGAUGCUAAUCCGUCGACGGAACGCGUGAAAGGCAAGCGUGGGAGACCUCGGAAGGUGGACCAGCUUGCUGCUAACAAUAAAGUGCAACAGCAACCUAAGAUACGUGUAAGAAAUAACCUGAUGCCUGACGUGUCUGAACCGAUCACACUGGACAGCGAUGAUGAACCGGAUCUCGGGUCUCCCAGCCAGGCGUCCGACUCGCUAAGUCUCGACGAGAACCUCCGGGCGCUCAGACAUAUCCACGAGAAAUACGCCAACAUUGAUAAGGAUGAUCUAUACGACACUCACUUGUUGGCGGUGAACUUCAAGAAACCCCUCGACUCACAGCGUAGGGAUGACGAUGAAGUACUCUCCGUUAGGAGCUCUGAAGGAUGUGCGUCAGUCAAAGAGAUGGAGACUCGAGUGGAGAAGCUGGAGGACAGUUCCAACUCAGACUCGGACAGCAGUAGUUCCGGAUCUGGCAGUUCUAGUUCAGGCUCAUCCAGUUCGUCUAGUUCAGACUCGUCCAGUUCGUCUGACAGUUCUGACAGUGAGUCCGAGUCCGGCGACGAGAAACCUAAGACUGAACCAAAACCCGUCGCUGAUCAUCCGGUCCAUGACGAUGAUAGAUCAUUUGGUGAAUGGUCCAACAGCGGCGCGAUGUCGGAGACCGGAUCCGACUCUGAUCCGGAACGGUCAGCGGAUCCGGCGGCACCGACCUCGCACGACGAGAUCAGCGAAUCCGAGAAUGAAUCCGCUGACAAAAGCUUCCAAUGUCAUAUCUGCUCCAAAUGGUAUUCUACGAGGGUGACACUCAACAAAAAGGUAGGGAAUGACUUCUUCUAUGAUCCUGUUCCAUUUGAUCCAUCCAUACACCUGUAUAAAGCUUCGGAGCCCUAUUCCCAAAGCAAAAAGGUAGGGAAAGACCUCUAUGACCCUGUUCCAUUUGAUCCAUCCAUACACCUGUAUAAAGCUUCGGACCCCUAUUCCCAGAGCAAAAAGAUAGGGAAUGACCUCUUCUAUGAUCCUGUUCCAUUUGAUCCAUCCAUACACCUGUAUAAAGCUUCGGAACCCUAUUCCCAGAGCAAAAAGAUUGGGAAUAACCUCUUCUAUGAUCCUGUUCCAUUUGAUCCAUCCAAACACCUGUAUAAAGCUUCGGACCCCUAUUCCCAGAGCAAAAAGAUAGGGAAUGACCUCUAUGACAUUGUUACAUUUGAUUUAUACUUUCGGAGACACCUGUAUAAAGCUUCGGAACCCUAUUCCCAGAGCAAAAAGAUUGGGAAUAACCUCUUCUAUGAUCCUGUUCCAUUUGAUCCAUCCAUACACCUGUAUAAAGCUUCGGAACCCUAUUCCCAGAGCGAAAAGAUUGGGAAUAACCUCUUCUAUGAUCCUGUUCCAUUUGAUCCAUCCAUACACCUGUAUAAAGCUCCGGACCCCUAUUCCCAGAGCAAAAAGAUAGGGAAUGACCUCUCCUAUGACCCUGUUCUAUUUAAUCCAUCCAUACACCUGUAUAAAGCUCCGGACCUCUAUUCCCAAAGCAAAAAUGUUGGGAAUAACCUCUUCUAUGAUCCUGUUCCAUUUGAUCCAUCCAUACACCUGUAUAAAGCUCCGGACCCCUAUUCCCAGAGCAAAAAGGUAGGGAAUAACCUCUUCUAUGAUCCUAUUCCAUUUGAUCCAUCCAUACACCUAUAUAAAGCUCCGGACCCCUAUUCCCAAAGCAAAAAUAUUGGGAAUAACCUCUUCUAUGAUCCUGUUCCAUUUGAUCCAUCCAUACACCUGUAUAAAGCUCCGGACCCCUGUUCCCAGAGCAAAAAGAUAGGGAAUGACCUCUUCUAUGAUCCUGUUCCAUUUGAUCUAUCCAUACUUGAUUUAUACUUUCGGGGACACCUGUAUAAAGCUUCGGACCCCUAUUCCCAGAGCAAAAGGGUAGGGAAUAACCUCUUGUAUGACCCUGUUCCAUUUGAUCCAUACCACCAAGGACGCUAA